GUAACCACGAAAAUAAAACCAUUCGUAAUCGUAACGCCGUUCUAAAAAUAGAAUGAAAAUUUGUCGCCAUUUUAGCAAUUGAAGAAAUGCGCUUUUUUGUGCCUUCAUUCACUUAAAACUUAAUUAUCAUCUUCAACACUUGGCACUGACAAUUUAUCAUGCCACCAAAGGGCAGUGCAAGAAAGAAGGUGGCUGAGACCAGGUCCUCUGUUCAGGAAACUGCCUCUACCAAGAUUUCUAGAUCCCUUGGGACAAAAGCUAGCAGUUCUGCAGUAGAAGGAGAAAUAAGAGAUGUUAUGCAGAAUGAAGAAGUCCAAGGCACAGAAAACGUAAUUUCAAGCCCUAAGAAUUCCAACAAACGACAGUCAACUAGCAUUUCAGAGACUCGGGUCAUUAAAAUGCCACGAAUAUUGAAAUCUCCGCCAACUGUUGGGGAAACUCGUUUGUCCAUGUCUAAGAAACUUGCUGAAGAAGUAAGUAAGGAAGACGUCACAUCACCCAGACGCAGUGCAAGAGCAGUGGUUCCAAACAGCCGUUACAAGGAUAUGGUGGACCCUACAACAAAGGCAGUUGGAAAACAGAUGCCAGGAUCCAAGAAGCGAAAUGGUGUACAGCACAUGAAAGGAUUGGGGUCUGUUAUGUACACAGCCAGCAAGAUACAGGGGCCUGACAGUCACAUACUGGAAACUGUCAAUCAGAAGUCGCCAGUCUGUGAGAUACUUGAAGAAGUAGUUACUGAGGAAACAAAUAUUGAUCAAGAUGCUCAGACACAGCUCAUGGAACAAUCAGAAAAUAUGGUGCAAUUUAACCCCUCGGAAUCCGAGCAAUUACAAACAGAUUUUGUACUAAAAGGAACACGUUCUGCUCUAGUUCAGCCUAAGAAAAUCAUAGAGAGCAUUGAAUCUGGGCAGUUUGAUGGUCAGGGGCGAACAACAAGAAAAGGGUUACAACACACUAUAACUGUGAAACAAGUAGCUUCUCUGGAAUCCAUGAAACCCAUUCCGUCAAGAAGUGCUGCAACUGAUAGUGCUGAGGACUUUGUUAUGCCAUCUGAGGAGAAUGAGGAUCUUCUAAAAGUUAGCAAACAUGCAGGUAAAGAAAUAGUAUAUCAGCAAGUUAACAAGAAAGGCACGACCAUCAUUACCAUUUCAAAAGAUGAGAAACUUGUUCAGAAAAGAGUAGCACCUGUUUUACAUUCUUCAUUAGAUAAAAGAGCUGAAAGUAAAAUUUUCAUUGGAAGGUGUCAGGAAGAGUUUGUUCCUAAACCAUCAAUUGUUUCUGAGAAAACUUUGGUUGUUUCACCAUCCCAAUCCCCCACAGUCCCUAUUAAGCAGGACACAGUUGUCAAUGCAGCUGUCAGGAGGAAAACCCCAGCUAUUUUGUCUGCAAAGAUCAUAACCAGGGGCAAGCCAGCUGAUUGCAGUGUCAGCAACUCAAACCACAGGGCCAUUCAGGUUAUACGAGUUGAAAACAUAAAGAAAGAUGAGACAUUAAAGAAGUCAGUGGGACUUCACAAAGACCAAGAAGCUGCCAUACCAAACAGUGAUGCAGUUCAUUUUGUGAAUUCCUCGAAAUCUGUCACAAAUCCUGCCGCAAGCACUGGACAAAUUACAGAAUCUGAACAAACCGCAACCACACCAAGUGAAUUAGCAUGUAACGAAACGCAAUUGCAGGAGUCCACGGAACAAGCACCACCAUUACCAAGCGAAUCAGAGCCAGACCAAGUCCAAAUGCUAGAUUCCAGCGUAUCCAAGGUGGGAGUGGAAGAUGGAGAUGCUGUCAUUCCGGAGUCUCAGACUCGCCUCCAGCCCAUACAGACUGACGUGAGCUCUCUCUGUGAGGUCGUGGAGUUCAAGGGUAAGCUGACCUCUAGGAUGACCCCCAAGCCAUCCAAGUCAGUGGUGGAGUUUGUGAUGCUGAAUGACCAGAUCAUCCGUAUCAGCAAGCCAGCUGUGAACAAGUUUGGACGUAUUGACCACUCACAGAAGACCGGGGCUGGGGACGGGGCAGUCACUUGUCCAGGUGACAUUGGUACAAUUAUAGCUGGUCUGGAUGAUGUUCUUACUCCAGUGUCUAAGGUUCAGGACCCAGAGAGCAGCAAUCCAGAGGGCAAGGACAUGAAUAAGGCUGCCAGUUUCCAUGGUUACGUAACACAUACUGGUAAGUCUGGCAGCCAAGAACUGGUGGAGAUUUCCCAUGAUGCCUUCACAAAGGAAGUCUAUGGAGAUGGAUACACACUAGACCCAGAGACAGGCACUGUCGUAGCGGUUGAUGCCAGUUCAAAUAUAGAGGCCGAUACUGUUGACACAGGAACAGACAUUGGGGCUAGUGGAAAGUUGCAAAGAGAUGCAAGUAACCAGGGCAGCCAUUCUGCAGAAACUAUUGGCAUCAGUGCAGGGGACUUGGACCCACAGAUGACUGAGGACUGCUCUGUCAAUGAGAGACCUUCGUUCCAGGAGCCCAUUAUUAUGGAUACAGACGGUUUUUAUGUCUGCUUAGACUGCAACUUCAAAUCGAUGGAGAUGGAUGACUGGAUUCAGCACAGAAGGAAACAUCAAGAAGGUGCAGAUACUGUGGUCACAUCAAGUAGGGAAAGUACUACAGUUGGGUCAAGUGUCAUCAGGAGUGAGGGUAUGGAUGACAGUGAUAACGUGAUCUGCAUACAAGGCCUGGACCCCAGCCAGCUGGGAGACAAUGCACGCAUAACUGUGGAGAAGAUGGCAAGUGGGGGCGAGGCCUUCAUCCUACAUAUUGACCCCUCAGGGGAGACCACUCAUGUGCAAGCUGGUAUGCAGGCAGGGGAGAGCACUGGGCCUGGGAUUUCUACUGUACAUGAAGUGGUGAAAGUCAUGCCUUCCAGGGUAUCAGUUCCCCCUGUGCGUACCCUGUCCAAUGUGAAGAUCACCCCUGUGCAGGCCUACAAGAGGAACGAGACUGAGGUUACCAAGGCAACAAGCACAACAACACAGACAGAGGACAGUGAUACUGACAGUGAGGAUCCUAUAGAGGUUGACCUGUCUGAAGCAGCAGAUGAUUUUCCAACCGUCAAACGUGGCAGACAGAGUCUCGACCCUCACUGCCAGGAGUUCGUGAUAGUGCACCUGCCAGAGGGCUCCAGCAUCAAGCAGUACCAGGCGAGACCCCUGCUGAAAAUGAGGAAUCCAGUGGAUGAUGCAGUCACCAUGGAUGCAGAUGGUUUCUACAUGUGUGUAGACUGUGAUCACAAGACUGACAAGAGAAGUAACUGGUACAAACACCGCAGAAAGCAUUUAGGAAUACGCCCCCAUGCCUGCACAAGGUGCUCCUACAGGGCAGCCACCAGUAGCAAUCUGAAACGCCACAUGCAGAUCCAUGACGAUAUCCGUAACUUUGAGUGUCACCUCUGUGGGUUACACUUCAGACAGAAAAUACACCUGGAGAGGCAUCUGAAAUACAAACAUGAGGAAAAGAAGAUAGUGUGCCCCCUGUGUGACUACCAGUGCGCCAGCGCAAACCCCGACCUAAAGAUGCACAUCCGCAAACGACACAUGCCCCUGGAGGGCAGCAUGGACGCGUUCACGUGUGACAUCUGCGGCCUAAUGACCGUAAGCAAGAAGGAUCUCAAACAGCACAUGAAGUUCCACAAGAAGGGGCCAGAGUUGAAGCUGUUCUGCGAGUACUGCAGCUUUGUCACUGACUGCCUGAGUAGGCUUAGGCGUCAUCUGCUUGUGCAUACCAAGGAGAGGCCGUUUCAGUGUGGGCUGUGUCAAUAUAGGGCGUCCCAGAAGGAGCAUGUGUUGAGGCAUAUGAGAUCACAGCACAACGUUGAGGUGGAGACGAGACAGAAGAAAACCUUGCUCGAUAUUCAGACAAUCAUGAAAGACGACAAUGUUAUCAUCCCUAAAAACAGCGAUGGAGGACAGGCAACAAUGUCGUCUAAAUACAAGGUGUUCAAUAUAGAAAAGACUGACAAUGUGGUGAAGUCUGAUGGUGUUGGGCAUUUUGAGAAAUCUGAUUUCUCCAGUCAGGAGAAGAUCUUUGCCUGCAAUCAUUGCUCAAUGAAGUUUGCGAGGUUGAUUAACCUGUACAAGCAUCUGUACGCUCAGCAUGAAUCGGUGAUGCCUAAUUCGUCCUGUAGUGGUCACCAGUGUGUCGUGUGUGAUUUCGUGACCAAUUCCAAGAAGAAUCUACUGGUGCAUAUGCGGAAGCACAACAUGCAGGAUCAUUCCCCGCCCACUCACGUGUACUCGUGCGUCUUGUGUCGCUAUAUGAAUCCCAAGCGGAGGAACCUGUUCCAGCACAUGAAGAAGAAGCAUGGUAUUGAGAUCGUCAUGAAGGAAGAUGGGCUCAACUGCUAUGUGACCAUGGAAGCUGAAAACUUUUUGCAUGGCACCACAUCUACGGCGAAUGAGAUGCCACUCUCUGAGAUCGUGACGACAGAACCAAUCAGCCGUGACACGGCCCUCCAGGUGAUAUCCGACUACAAUGCCUCCCUUGGCGCAGACAGGAUCUCCCUGGAUAACAUCAUCUCUAUGGAGGAGAUAGGCAGCUAUGUGGCCACACAGGUUGACGUCCAUGAACAGAGCAGCUUUGCAGGGAUACAGACACAUGAGGCAGCAGAGGCUAUUGAGGGACUCCAGGCACUAGCAGAGCAGCCUGGUAUUCUGGACACACAGGGCCUCGACAAUGAACUCACCACCGAGGUCAUCACCACGGAGAUACUUAACGAUGGAGAAAUCACCUUGGAUACUGGUUCUGUGACAGAAGGGAACCACGAGGGGUCUUGUGGGGGGUCUGCUGGGUUUGAGAGGAGUUUUGGUGGUGGGGAGGAUGGAGGUAUGGUUGGUGGAAUUGUUCAGCAUGAUCACAUUCAGGGAUUAGGGAUGGGACAGUAUGUUGAAGGCAGGAAUGGAAAUGAAGGGUUUCAGAGUAUUGGACAGUUGGCAAGGGACGUUAUUCGAGAUGAAGGACAGGAGAGUUCACAAGGGGAGGGAAUUGAGCUGUCGGCUGAAGAACUGAACCAGUUGUCGACUGGAGAUUAUGUGGAGAUAAAUGGCGAGGUGUAUAAAGUGGAAAUUGCUUCUGGGAAUUGAGCCACUGUGAAAGUAUUCAUAUCUUUGCAUAAUAUUAAUUUCUUAAACAUGCAAGAUCUGAGUGUGAACAAGAAUAAUUAAAACUCAUCCGCAGCUAAAAGUUAAAAGCCCAUAAACACUCAAAAUCAACAAAUAUUUCUACAAUAUUUUGAAAAACUUAGUUAACACAUAAAAAAUCAAUGUUCCUUAAAGCAAUAGCCAAAAUUUCAACACUAGAUGUGGCCUGAUAACAUGUAUUUAACGCAAUACAAAAUGCUUGUUUUUAUUUUUUGUGUCACAAUAUAUUACAUGUGAAUUUUCGGCUACGAUAUUCAAGAUUAGCUUCAAUCAGCUUCAGAAGCACAAUGUAGUUUUUAUUAAAUCGUUGUUCUUCCGACCCUGCACAUAGCCAGUCUUGCGUUCGCUCUUAAAUGUUUGGAUAUUAUGGCGAGAAAUUAGCAUGGAGUAUAUUGUCACACAUAAAAUAAAAAUGAGCAUUUUGUAUUUCAUUAAAGCUAUGUAAAUAUACCAGGUAUAGCGUUGAAAUUUCGCUUUUGCUUUAAGGAACACUAAUUGUUUAUGGUAUAAUUUUAUUUUACAAAAUAUUUUGUGAAAUAUUCGUAGUUUUUUAGUAUUUAUGUUACUUUAAUGGAUUAUUGCAUCAGCAUACACAAACUUGGUCAUAUGUUCCUUGGAAAAGUGUCAUGAGCUUGUAUAAGUAAUAGUCUUGUCAACAAUAGUUAAAUGGCUUAACCGACAAGUGUUUUGUUGAUAAGAUCACAAUUUAAUUUCGAAAGGUUUGACUAUUUUAGAAGCUCAAAUGUUAACUUGCUGAAAAUUAAUUAUACUUUAAGCACGUUCAACCAUUUUUCUGUUAUUGUUUGUAAAACAUACAUUGAUCAAGGUAUAAUAAAAGAACUGUUUCUAACAAUCUUAGAUACAACUUUUCUAUUUGGGCGUAUUUAUUGACCACUCCUAGCCUUUGAUGCUAACUGUGUAUCCUUUUAAUUGAUUGGUAGUUUCUGUUUAAAAAUGUUGAUUUGACAGGUACGUGCAUUCAUUGUGAACUUCCAAUUUUUUACUGUAAAAUUGUGUUUGCAUUAAAUGUUUGCCAUUUGUA